UAAAACCACGAAAGCAGAGUAGGAAGUUUCGCAAAUCAGCCAAAAUAUUGCAAAACACAUCCAUUAUUUUCCCGUUUUGUGCAUAAACUGGAUCUGCCCGUGUUCCAAAAGUUACGUAAAACCAAAUUGGAGUAUUGGUUGCACGGGAAGUUGAUUCGGAAGGAGGAUUUUGGCCAUCGUUUCUACAGUGUUUUGUUGUGUUGAUUAUCAAUUAUAGAUAAAAACGGAAUGGCGUCAACGCAGGAAGCAGCAGUAGCGGCGAUAGCGGAGUCCAUUGCGGCGAUCAACAGUGGUCCAGCGCAGGACGGGGACGAACGGUAUUGUUGGGUUUGUUUUGCCACAGACGAGGAUGACAAGCUGGCACCGUGGGUUCAGCCGUGCAACUGUCGGGGAGCCACCAAGUGGGUCCAUCAGAGUUGCUUACAGCGCUGGGUGGACGAAAAGCAGAAGGGAAACACCUUCAAACGGGUCAGUUGUCCACAGUGUCAGAGCGAAUAUAUCAUAGUGCUACCGUCGAUGGGAGCGUUGGCCAAUGUAUUGGAGGGGAUCGAUACGUUGAUCAAGCGGAUCAGCCCAUUUCUGACGGCCGGGGUGAUUGUGGGAUCUAUCUAUUGGACGGCCGUAACAUAUGGAGCGGUCACGGUGCUGCAGACGGUGGGCUACGACGAGGGACUAGCACUGAUGGAACGGGCAGAACCGAUCGUGCUCCUCAUCGGACUACCGAUGAUCCCAGUUGGAUUGAUUCUCGGUCGGAUGAUCCGUUGGGAAGAGUUCAUUCUGAGGUUCCUGCAGACCAAGUCGUUCAGCGUACGAAAGUUCCCGAUGUUGAGUCUCCUGUUGCCGAUUUCAAACAUUGAGGACGAUCCGGCCUACGGUGGUUCCUUAUCCGGUGGUGGCGUCACUCCACCUGCUCUGAAUCCGCUACCGCCGGGAACGGUGGUGACGUCGGAUCCCCUUUCCGCUACACGGGUGCUGUGCGGUGCCCUGCUGCUUCCAACCGUUUCCUCGAUCGUGGGCCGCGUAUUUUUCGAUUCCAUUCGAAACAACUUCCAGCGGGUGCUGGUCGGAGGAUUUGCAUUCGUAGUGGCGAAGGGCGUCCUCAAAAUCUACUUCAAACAGAAACAGUACAACAGGAAAAAGCAACGCCGCAUCCUGGACUACACGCCGGACAACAUACGGAAAUACGGCGUCGGGAAUCAGCAGCAGAGUCAGGGUCACAAUCCGGCCGGGCACCGUUAAGGCGGACCGCGAGCUAGUGAGCUGUGUGAUAGUUAUUCUGGAAUGGAGCGUUUCUAUUUUUAGAAGGUUUUUCAUCAUUAUUCAAAUUGUAAACGGUUAAAUUUAGUAGGAUAUCACUUUUAUAAUCUAUCGUAGUCGAAAAA